UCAACCGGUCCGUAGCUGUCUGCUAUCGACGUCGUUGUCGACCGUCGCGUCGCGACGUGUCCCGGUGCGAGACGUAUUUGCGAUACACGAUAGCGCUGCUGGUGAUCGUAGUGCAACGAUCAUUCCGGACCUGGGACGAUCCUCCAUUCGGACUAUCAUUAGGGAAAUCCUUCGAAAUACGAAUCUCCGAAACUGUAAAAACGGAAACAAGAGGUGUCCCGAGCAAGUGGAAGCUGCGAAGCGAGUGCCAGCGAGCUGAUCUGAAAUGAUUAUGAUAUCGAGAGAACAAAGUGAUGCACCUUCGAGAAAUGGUGCUUUGAAAACGAAUAAUAAUCUAUCCGAUGAUUUGAAGAUUUUUCAAAGACUAGUUUAUUACUAAACGGUUGCUGGUCUCAACAUCUCGCGACGGCAUUGACUCUAUUACGAGACGAUUCUGUCGGCAAAGAAAGGAUGAGGAUGAGAAAGAGGAGCUCGCGAGGACGCACCGGUCGAUGCGGUUUUGAGGGUUUUGAGGGUUUCGAGUUCGCGGUCGCGUGUCAACGGGCUGCGCGUUGAUCCUGCCCCGCGCGAGAUCAGAGCGAACCUCGGUAAAUAACUUGCGGGGAAGGUGUGAGGAGGAAGGGAACAACUUUUCUAUUUGAGGCCGACGACGCGACGUGGAGACGGCGAUCGAAGCCGCGUGCGGAGGAGGUGAUGAUCUCGCUUCCGGAAGCGGCUCAAGAUCCUCCCAUUUAGAGCUCAUGUCGAUCGCGCGUGAUCCUGUCGCUAAAUUGUUCCUCCUAAAUUGAUGUGAGAAAGAAAUGAAAGAUCAAUUAGUACAGGAAAUAACGCGAUAAAGAUGUGUGAUUAAAAAAAAAAAACCAAGGUUGAGUUCAACUUUGGGAGAGGCGAAGCUUUCCGUGCUUGAUCCGUCAAUCUUGCAACGGAUAAGGCACGCUACAAGUGAUGCAGUCUCGUAGAUGAUACAGAGACUGGGAAACACGCUGUGACGGAUAUAUCGAACGGCGACGAACUUGAACGUGAAAAAAAAAAAAAAGUUAUGCGAGUUACAUCGAGAUGCGUCUGCGUGAUCGCGCGACAAUGGUCGGCGCUUUUUGAGCAAUCGGUUCCGUCCAGUCGAUCGCAAUUGAACAUUUUCGGAAGUACAUCGUGUACGACAUAUGCCGGGACGAGAACGAAACGCAGUAGAUCGAAUGUAUCCUUGACAUGCUUGAAUUAAAGAAAGGAUAUUGACGCGACGAAAUGAAGGAGGGCAUGUUUACUGAGAGGGAAUCGCGGGUGGAAUAAAAAUAAAAAUGCAACUUUUGUAUAUACUUAUUCGUACGUUUCCAUAACGCCCACGUUCAAGAAAAAAUGAUGACAAAACGUCGAGGAACGUUGUGAUUUGUUUGAAAUGAUGUGUGUUCGACGUGGUGACUGUCGACGAAGGACUCGAUUGUACGUAAAGGCGAGCGUUCACGUGCGGAAAGAAAUCGCGAAUGACAUUUUGCAGGAGUGAUGGCUAUUUCGAGCCGGACACGCGGGUGUGCUGCAUUUAUAAGACAUUCCUCGCGAAUGGUUUACUGCAGAUUCAUAUUUCUGAGACUCGCGAAGAUGUACGGGAAACGAAGGAGCGACGAGAUGUGAAGCUUCCUCUUAUUCGCAUGAUUUUCGUCGCAUAAGUGAACGUUCCUAUUGCGCUCGAUGCACGUUACAUUAAGCUCAAGGUGAUAUGGAAGCAGAAGACGAAGUGGAUGAUGAGUUGUCGGAGGCCGUCGACACGGAAGCGAAUCAUAACAACAACCUCGAAAACUUCGAGACGAUGAAGAUCUCUACAAAACCGGUGUCCGAGAGGACACCGGAGAAGGAUGACUGUCCUUUAGUGCGCUCAUCCAAUCUCGAGCAAUCGGACAUUGUCGGCUCCACUAACGACAGUCCCAAAAAGUUGAAAACGUCCGUGCGAUCAGAAUCAAAAGUACCCCUAAGUACAAGCACAAAGACUGAUGUAAAGGAGAUUGAGAUCGCCAGACUGUAUAGAAGCAAGAGAAUCAGCUGCCAAGACACUAUACACGAGUACGAUGAGGACGACAACCUCACUAUGGACAGAGUUGGAAGAUAUCUGGAGACGCAUCCUGCUAUGGUCGAAACGUGGCUGCGGGAAAAAGCGAGUCUCCAGCUUCGACAGAGAUUGCAGAACACGUGUAUGCUGCAAACGAUAACACCGAACGUAUCGAGCGCGCCCAGUGUGCAGCAGCAGGAAGAGAACCUUCUCAAUCGGAACAAACGUAACAGCGUCACAUCCGAUCUCUUUCAGACUUGGCUGGCCUCGAGUUCACCCGCAAAGCGCAGCAGGAGUCCCAACAGGCCUUACAGCACGCUAAUGCUGGAUCGCCGCGAGGAGCUCGGUAGACUGGACGAGAGCGAUCUGUUUAUGGAGCUGAUAAGGGACGUGGCAAACGAAUUGGACAUUAAUGUCCUCUGCCACAAGAUCCUGGUAAACGUCGGCCUACUCACUUAUGCCGAUCGUGGCAGCCUGUUCCUGGCAAAAGGACCUUUGGAGGAUCGGUACCUGGUAGCGAAACUAUUUGACGUCACUCAGGAAACCGAGCUCGAGGAAGCCAUCCAACGGGCUAAGAAUGAGGAACUCAAAAUACCGUUCGGAGUCGGCAUCGCCGGUUACGUAGCGCAAACCAAGGAGAUUAUCAACAUCAAAGACGCUUACAAGGAUCCGAGAUUCAACAGCGCCAUUGAUAUGCGAACCGGAUACAAAACGACGUUGAUUCUGUCGAUGCCAAUUUGCAAUUACGAGGGCGAUGUCAUCGGGGUUGCUCAGAUCAUCAAUAAGACGAACGGCAGCAACGAAUUUACAGACAGAGACGUCGAAGUGUUUCAAAGAUACCUCACAUUCUGUGGCAUCGGCAUACAGAACGCGCAAUUGUUCGAGUUGUCCGUGCAGGAAUACCGGCGCAAUCAGAUACUCCUCAAUCUGGCGCGGAACAUAUUCGAGGAACAGAACAAUCUCGAGUGUCUCGUCACAAAGAUCAUGACCGAGGCGAAGGAGUUGCUCAAGUGCGAGAGAUGCGCCGUUUACCUGCUGGAUUUGGACUGCGGCGAGGCAGGACAUCUCGAGAAAAUCGUCGAGCGGCCCGGGAAGUCGGUGCAAGAAAGCAGAAAGCCGUUGUCGAGAAGAGAGGCGGCUCAGAGCAAUAACAUCGACAUGGAGGACAUUAUUCAACAGCAUGCAUCGGCCGAAGGUAGUAAAUUUACCAUGGUAUUCGAGAUGGAGAAUGAAACACAAGAAGCUCGGGUGUAUCGACCAAGUAACAACAAUCUAUCGAGUUCCCUGGGACAGAUAGCAAGAUACGUUGCCGUGACGGGUCAAAUUCUCAACAUUGGCGACGUCGCCACGUGGUUGAAGAAAGACGUAAUGGAGAGUGGAAAGGAACCUAUCAGAAGUAUUCUGUGUAUGCCGAUCGUCAACGGACAAAGAAUUGUCAUCGGAGUUGCUCAAUUGAUCAACAAGGACAACGGCACAUCUUUUACCGACUCGGACGUGUCAAUAUUCGAGGCAUUUGCUAUUUUCUGCGGUCUCGGUAUUCAUAAUACGCAGAUGUACGAAUCCGCGUGCAAGCUAAUGGCGAAGCAGAAGGUGGCUCUCGAGUGUCUGAGUUAUCAUGCGACCGCCAACAACGAAGACGCUCUACGCCUCGUCUCUGAUCCUAUACCGUCCGCGGAAACGUACAACCUCUACAGUUUUACAUUCAUCGACUUUGAUCUCACCGACGAAGACACGUGCCGUGCUACCAUCAGAAUGUUCAAGCAAUGUGAUCUUAUACAGAAAUUCCACAUACCGUACGACAUUCUGUGUAGGUGGAUCCUGAGUGUGAAGAAGAAUUAUAGGCCAGUAAAGUAUCAUAAUUGGCGGCACGCGUUGAAUGUCGCGCAAACGAUGUUUGCGAUGUUGAAGACCGGCAAAAUGGAGCAAUUUAUGACCGAUCUGGAAAUUCUUGGACUCCUAGUGGCUUGUCUCUGUCACGAUCUGGAUCAUCGUGGCACCAACAAUGCGUUUCAGAUGAAAACUGAAUCUCCACUGGCAAUCCUCUACUCAACCAGCACAAUGGAACAUCAUCACUUCGAUCAGUGCGUCAUGAUCCUGAAUUCUGAUAGCAACAACAUCUUCCAGAGUUUAUCGAUGGAGGACUACAGACGCGUGAUGAAGGUCGUGGAGAGUGCUAUUCUGUCAACCGACCUAGCGAUGUAUUUUAAAAAGAGGAAUCGUUUCAUGGAAGUGAUCGACGAGGGCGAGUUUGAUUGGCAGAGCGAGGAGAAGAAAGAAUUGCUAUGUGGCAUGAUGAUGACAGCAUGUGACGUGAGCGCGAUAGCAAAGCCUUGGGAUGUGCAGCAUCGCGUAGCAAAGCUGGUAGCUGAUGAAUUCUUCGACCAAGGCGAUCUAGAGCGCCUUCAGCUUAAUCAGCAGCCGGUGGCGAUGAUGGAUCGCGAGAGGAGGGAUGAAUUACCACAAAUGCAAGUCGGCUUCAUUGAUGUGAUCUGCCUGCCACUCUACAAAGUCUUAUCGGAAACGUUUCCAUGGAUACUGCCGCUCUACGAAGGCACCACGGAGAAUCGAAAGCACUGGCAGGAUUUGGCAGAAAAAGUCGAGAUGGGACUGACAUGGAUCGAUCGCGACACGAUCGAGGAACCAGUGGAAGAAUUUAUUUCUUACGAGCCUAAGGACAUUGAGUUCACGGUCACGACUUUAAACUGCGCUCAUGCUGACAAGAAGGAACAAAUGCCGGACAGAUCGUCGCUCGGCAGGUUCGCCUCAUUGAGAAAGGGUGGACGUACGUUGAGCAAAGGCGUCCGACAUCGCAUCAGCAGAUCUCUUUAUGCGAGAAGCAGCUCGGAGGAUGCCGGUAAGUCGAAGGCGUUACUCCCGGAAAGAAAAAAUCGGAACAAACUGUGCCUGCUCAUUUGACGGCUAACUUCAACGACGCUCGAAAGCAUCCCUGAAUGAUGGGUCAACAGAUAACGAUACUUGGAAAUAAAUAUUUAAAUACACAUCGCAAUUUCCAGAGAGGUCGCGAAAGAUAAAACCUUUAAUGUUGAUACUGCCUGGAAGCUGAAGUUUGACAGAUGUGUAGACGCGAGCUAUCAUUGAAAGAGAGCUUUAGGCCCAAUGAACCAAGAAAUCGCUCUUAGAGGAACAAUAUUGUCUGCUUCCAUAACUAAGUCAGACUAUUCUCGAAGAGUAGAAUGAUGUCGAAUAAAUUUGAAGCUCUUUUGAGGCUGUUUUUAGUUGCAGCGAAAUACAUACAGGAAAUGAAUCCUUUGAGAGAACUCUUAAAAGAAAAAAUAUUGAUAUUUGUAGAAAUAAUCACUUCUCCUUCUUUCUCUUAUGUUAGGCCUCUGGCCUGUGUUACACCUCUCAUAUGCUUGUAUGCGUACGCUGAUUAUUCAAUUGCUACAAGCAUAUGGGACCUACAGUUUUAAUGCCAGUUCCGAAUGGCGGGUUUUUCGAGAGGUUUCUGUGGGCAAGAUAUUGUCAGGAGUUGCCGGCCUUUUCCGAGACGAGACACGAGUAAAUUAUUUUGGUUCCAGGAUCGAACUCGGGACCUUUGGCAUGAUAGACCAGUGCGCUGUCUAUCAUGUUACGCUCGCGCUAAUUAAAUCUCUAUAUAUGAUCAUUUAAUUAAGAAUAUUUGAUCAGAUAUAAGAUCGAUCAAAAGAAAUAAAAGAUAAGAAGACAG